AUGGUCGUUCCACCUGGGCCCGGCCUUCCGGCGACAUUCGUGGCUGCGAUUGGCGUCUUCCGCGAGACUUUCAGGCGCAUACCACCAUGGCUGCUGUUCUCCGGAGCGGAUCAGUUCGUGAAGCCCGUCGCGAACAACUUUGCAUUCCCUUCCGUCACACUUCCAUCCCGCGUGACGGUGGAGCAGGACACCGUCGGCGGCGUCCCCGGGGAGUGGCACAUCCCAGAGGACGCAAACAGCCAUGUGGACAACUUGCUUGUUUGGGCUCAUGGUGGUGGCUUCAUGUUUUGCUCACCCGGGACACAUCGGCUUUUCCUGAGCCGUGUGGCAGAGCGGUCGCAAUGUGCGAUCUUCUGCCCAAACUAUCGGAAACCUCCCAAGCAUCCCUUUCCCGAGCCACUCUCGGACGUGUGGAAGAGCUACGAGGUUCUCCGGAGCCGCAACACGCAGCAAGACGUCUACGUCGGAGGCGACAGUGCGGGUGGCAACCUGGCACUGGAAGUCGCACGCCGGGCCUGCGCAGAACAGGUAUCCACUCAUCUGCAAAAGGUGGCAGGUGCGAGCCUGAGCCCACACAUGGCUUCACGAUGUAGCUUUCUGCGUGAGUUGCACUUAACUGGAUUUGCCUCGUAG